AUGCUGAGUCCUCGUCCCUGCGACACCGCCCUCGUCGCCCUCCGCCGGCCUCUCUUCGCACUGCUCCUGUCCUGUGCCAUACCAUCCACCACAUGCCCACCUGCCUUCCCAGCCCGCGGCUGCUUUCUCUACACUGUGCCGCGUUCGUUCGGCUACCACGGAUGGAGGGCGGCCGUCGUUUCCGUCCUGCAGCACGCGGUGACGCUCUGCGCGGCCGCGAACAGUGCGUAUAGAACGUGCCAGCUGUGCAUAUGGACUGUGCACACGAUUGUGCUGACGAAGAUCUACGUGCUCGCGCUGUGGCAGGCGACAGUCGGGCUGCUGCAUCUGGUCGGCUGGGUGGCGCCGCGGCUGAGUCUGCGGUCGGACGCCGCGGCAGCAGUCAGGGCAGUGGGCAAAGUGGAAGAAGAUUCUAGGAAGCGAUUUGAUGCCGUGGGCUUUUGCAGAAAAGUUGUGCGCGGAGAGCCACGAUGGUCCGGCUCCCUUCUUUCCGUUGAUGACCAUGGCACUCUUCAUCCAACGCGCAAACACCCUUGUAUGGGCAACUCGGUGUCUUUAUCGGUGCCAGUACAGAUGCAUAGCCUCUACGGCACCACGGUACUCUCGAGCCUCGCCGUCGUCAGCGCCGUCGACGCAGUCAGGGUCGUGGCGUGGUACGGACUGAGCGCCAUCCCCAGCAAGGGCGUCGUGUACUUUGAGUGCGCUGGCAUCCAGGCCGUAACCAGCGCAGGCCCAUCAACGGCGCAGCCGCAGCCACAGCCGCAGCCGCCGUCGCAGCAGAUGAAUGGGAACGCGGGCCCGUGA